AUGGCGCCGCCCCUUGUCGCCGGCGGCGGCCUGCUGCUCGCUGCCUUCCUGGCAUUCUCCCUCGCGGCCUCCUCGGCCAAUGCCGCCGUCUCCUACGACCACCGCUCCCUCGUCAUCAACGGCCGGCGGCGCAUCCUCAUCUCCGGCUCCAUCCACUACCCGAGAAGCACACCAGAGAUGUGGCCGGGGCUCAUCCAGAAGGCCAAGGACGGCGGCCUCGACGUCAUCCAGACCUACGUCUUCUGGAACGGCCACGAGCCGGUGAAGGGCCAGUACUACUUCAGCGACCGGUACGACCUGGUCCGGUUCGUGAAGCUGGCGAAGCAGGCCGGCCUCUACGUCCACCUCCGCAUCGGCCCCUACGUCUGCGCCGAGUGGAACUUUGGUGGCUUUCCUGUUUGGCUCAAGUAUGUGCCCGGCAUCAGCUUCAGGACAGACAAUGGCCCGUUCAAGGCAGAGAUGCAGAGGUUCGUUGAGAAGAUCGUGUCGAUGAUGAAAUCCGAGAGGCUGUUCGAAUGGCAAGGCGGUCCGAUCAUCAUGACUCAGGUGGAGAACGAGUUUGGGCCGAUGGAGUCCGUCGGGGGCAGCGGCGCCAAGCCGUAUGCGAACUGGGCCGCCAAGAUGGCCGUCGCGACCAACACCGGCGUGCCGUGGGUGAUGUGCAAGCAAGAAGACGCCCAGACACCGUGGAUUAACACUUGCAACGGCUUUUACUGUGAUUACUUCACCCCAAACAAGAAGAACAAGCCGACCAUGUGGACUGAGGCCUGGACCGGGUGGUUUACGUCGUUCGGAGGGGCGGUCCCUCACCGGCCGGUGGAGGACAUGGCCUUUGCGGUGGCCAGGUUCAUACAGAAGGGUGGCUCCUUCGUCAACUACUACAUGUACCAUGGAGGAACCAACUUUGGACGUACCGCAGGCGGUCCCUUCAUCGCAACCAGCUACGAUUACGACGCCCCGAUCGACGAAUAUGGUUUGCUUAGGCAGCCGAAAUGGGGUCACUUGAGGGACCUGCACAAGGCCAUCAAGCAGGCUGAGCCUGUGCUGGUCUCUGGUGAUCCGACUGUCCAGUCGCUAGGGAACUACAAGAAGGCAUACGUCUUCAAGUCGAAGAAUGGAGCUUGCGCCGCCGCGUUCCUGUCAAACUACCACAUGAAUGCUGCAGUGAAAGUCAGGUUCAAUGGGAGGCACUAUGAUCUCCCUGCUUGGUCCAUCAGCAUUCUUCCAGACUGCAAAACGGCGGUUUUCAACACCGCGACGGUGAAGGAACCAACACUGCUGCCAAAAAUGCAUCUGGUGGUGCGGUUCGCUUGGCAGUCGUAUAGCGAGGACACAAACUCACUCGACGGCAGCGCCUUCACGAAGAAUGGCCUGGUUGAGCAGCUAAGCAUGACAUGGGACAAGUCAGACUACCUGUGGUACACCACAUACGUCAACAUUGGUGCCAAUGAGCUCUCGAAGAACGGCCAGUGGCCUCAGCUCACCAUCUACUCCGCUGGGCACUCGAUGCAGGUCUUCGUCAACGGAAAAUCAUACGGUUCUGUUUACGGCGGUUACAACAACCCCAAGCUGACGUAUGAUGGGCAUGUGAAGAUGUGGCAAGGGAGCAACAAGAUCUCCAUCCUGAGUUCAGCAGUUGGCCUUCCUAAUGACGGGAACCAUUUCGAGAGGUGGAACGUUGGCGUCCUCGGGCCGGUGACCGUCUCCGGGCUAAAUUCGGGGAAGAGAGACCUCAGCCAUCAGAAAUGGACAUACCAGGUCGGCCUGAAAGGUGAGUCGCUGGGGCUCCACACCGUCACCGGAAGCUCCUCCGUGGAGUGGGGCGGUCCCGGUAACAGGCAGCCACUGACCUGGCAUAAGGCCUUGUUCACCGCGCCGGCGGGGAGCGACCCGGUGGCGCUGGACAUGGGGAGCAUGGGGAAAGGGCAGAUGUGGGUGAAUGGCCACCACGUCGGCCGGUACUGGUCGUACAAGGCCCCCUCCGGCGGCUGCGGCCGGUGCAGCUACGCCGGGACGUACCGCCAGGACAAGUGCCGCUCCAACUGCGGCCAACUCUCACAGAGAUGGUACCACGUGCCGCGGUCGUGGCUGAAGCCGGGCGGCAACCUGCUGGUGGUGCUGGAGGAGUACGGCGGCGACCUCGCCGGCGUCGCCAUGGCCACGAGAAGGACGACAUGA